UUUUUACUAUUUACAGAACUACAACGCACACCACCGCGAUGAGUACAGUGGCUGCCAAAGACUUUGUGACCGUCGUAUCGGUGGACGGCGGUGGCCGUGGCGGCGUUCAGCCGACCGAAGAUUCGUUUGUCACCGUACUGUCCAUUGGUGAGGACGCCGCCGCCGACGGUUCGACCUACACCGCCGCCGAAGAAGUACUUGUCUACCGCCUGCCCGGCGAGCGUUUGGGCUUCGGUUUGCGGUUCGACGGCGUGGACACGUGCAACCGGCUGUUCGUCCAGUCAUGCGCCGAUGGCAGCCCGGCGUCCCGCACUCAGGCGUCGUGGGGACCACUGGCCGCCGGCGACGAGAUCGUUCGAAUCAAUGGUCGGCCGGUGAACAGGCUGAGCCGCGACGAUUGCGUCCGAUGUCUCAAGGAGUCCGGGCUGGUUGUCAAGCUGCAUAUGGUCGACGGCCGGCUGGCCAUAAAGGCACCGCCGCCCGUGCCUCCCCGGAAACAGAAGAAACCGGAACCGCCCCCGCCGAUUGCAUCGUCCACCCUAUACACGGACGCCGUUGAAAGGUUAUUCGUUUACCACGGUGAAUCGGAAUCGGACGACACCAACAGCAGCGUUUCUACAGUGGUGUCCAAAUGUCCUGCUGAAUUAUCCGUUGGCGAAGACUGCGCCGGUGGCGACGGCAUGAUCAGUGGCGGCAGCGACAAAAACUGCGUGCUGGACAGGGUGCUAGAGCCGUUCAUGCAGCUAGAACGGGAGUUUUCAUCGAGCGCGACCAUUGGCGACGAUGUGGGCCUAUACGAGAAGCUGGUGGCCGUGGCCGAAGAGGACCGGCUGCCACCCAAACCACUGCCUCGGAAGGAAGUGCGGCCGCCCAAGAAAAAGCCGCCACCGCCUCCACCACCGCUUCCGUCUUCGCCACCACCACCCGCUUACCGGUUGCCGCCAAGGCUUGUCGAUUUCGUGCACAAAGACGAACCGACACAAACAGUCGUCGACGCAGCCACUGUAGCCGGUGACGAUGUCUACGCCAACGAGAAUGACGAUGACCACGACGACGACGUUUUCGCAAUUGUCGCCAAUGGGUUUUAUCAGCCAUCGAGUGACGACGAAAUAAUAAUGGCAGAUCAACACGAUCCGAUAAAAGAGUGUGACGCGACUCCGGACCUGACAUCGUGCUCCGCACCAGACCUUCCAUCCAGUGGUGGAGGCGAACCGACGACAAUGAAGUCGUCGCAUUCAGCGGCCGUAGAGUCAUGUGGCAGGACGGACUCAGAAGGUUCGAGAAACUUUGUUACGACGAUGACACUGAGAAGACCCAAUUCCGGCAGAACGGACGAGGUGUGCAACCGAAGCGUACGUGAUAAAAUAGCGAUGUUUUCGCAGGCCACGGUUACGGCGACGGGCGGCGAGAAAAAAGAUUUGUUAUCGUCGUCGUCGUCGUCAGCUUACUCGACGGCGUCUACAGAUUCGUCACCGGCAACAUCACCAAAGGCUGUAGUCUACAGCACUCUGCCACGCAAACCACCACCGCAACAACAAGAGCAACGACAUCAACAACAACAACAUCAACAACAACAACAACAAAAACAGCAACAGUAUCUAGCCAUGGCGCGACCACCGUGGGGUACACCAGUGCUGCAGGCUGCCGACCACCGGCGGUCGCAAAGUCUCGUCGAACAGCCGUAUAGCAAGUACUUCAACACGAUGAACGCGUACGCGGAAAUGGGACGGUCGUCGCUGAACGCUCUCAUCGAACAGCGCCGGCGGAGCAUGUCCAAGCUCAGAGGACUGGUGAUACCGGAAAAAGUGGUGCCAGGGUCCGGAAGUGGUUUUAUCGGCGUUGACGGGGACAGCACAAAUGGUGGUGGCGCUGACGAGUUGCAUCUGCACCCGGCCGCGAUUCCCGACUUGCCGCUGGUGAUCAAAAUUCCGCUGUCGGAAAACGAUGAUGAUACCGACUCCGCGGUGUUGUGUCCACCCACUAAGUCAUACGUUAACGAACCGGUGAUGGGUACGGUGACCAGGCGUGCUAACCCGGUGUUGCGGCAGUCAUUCGUGGUCGUCCCCGUCCUCACGCCCGCACCCGUGACGGAUCAGCGGCGUCCGUCGUCUGCGUCUAGUUCACCGUCGUCGUCAUCGUCUUCUUCGUCUACAUCAUCAUCGUUGAACUCAAGCCGAGAGGAGCUAAGGCACAUACAUGACGAACGACCACUAUCUUCUGUUAAGUCGUCUAAUAAAGGCUCGUUCAAAGCGGAUAGCGACGAAGACUCGGCCCUCAGUUCUAGUCGCUCGAGCACGUCACUCCAACAGUAUUCGCCAGCUUCGUCACCACCACCUCAGUCACAGCAGCAGCCGCCGCCACUACCAUCGUCGUCACCACCGCCUCCUACCACAAACGCGACAGUCAACUACGGUGGCCCACCUGCGUGUGAUAUCGGAAAACGUGUACUGAAAGCCGAAAGCGUGGAGGCCAUCAACCGGAAGAACGUCCUCUGCUCAGCCAGGAUCAGCAGCGGCAAACCGGAACCCCAGCCAGUGUCACCGUCAUCCCCGGCCAACAACUACGCAUGCAAGACCGAAUACUCGCCGAACCUCCAACACUACCACCAGCAUAAUCACCAGCAACAUUCGGACGGGCCAGCAUUGAAAUCCGCCAAGUCCGGGCUGACGUUCGCAACCGGAACCGCGAUCGUCAAUAGGUACACGCACAACCGGAUGUCAUCCGUGGAGUCGACAACAAGUGACGAUUCGUCCAUGCAAUACGCAGUCAACGCUGAACCGUUCGGUAGCAUCAGUUCGCUGGCGUCGUCUACCAGUCUGAUUUCGCAACAAGAACUCCAACAGCUCAUCGACGAGGCCAAUCAAACGCUGGAAGAGAACAACAGUGGUUGUUACGGUACCUCUACGGCUGCCACGAUUCCACCGCACUCGGUCGAAGUGACCGUCGUCAUCUUACACCGGGACAUGGCCACCAGUAGCGUAGGCAUCACAUUGGCCGGUGGUGCCGACUAUGAAACGAAAGAAAUAACGGUGUAUAAAGUAUUGACUGGAAGUCCGGCGGAUAAAGACGGCCGCAUACGAAAAGGCGACCGCAUAUUAUCAAUAAACGGCAAAAGUAUGAAAGGAAUCACGCAUCGAGAAUCAUUGGCAAUACUAAAAGCACCUAGGUCUGAAGUAGUAUUGGUAAUAUCUAGGUGCAAGUCGGACAUGAUCAAUGAAUCCGUUGGGUUACAUCAAUCUGCUGAUCUAUUGACUUCGACCAAAAAUGAAGUCAUUGCAAAUAGAGUAUUUGGACCAUUAACUAAAAUAGUAUUAUCAAAAGACGGUUCUGGUUUAGGCUUUAGCUUAGAAGGUGGAAAGAAUUCACCAACUGGUGACCAACCUUUAACAGUGAAAAAGAUAUUCACAGGUGGAUGUGCAGAGCAGUGUGGACAAAUAUUAGCUGGAGAUGAAUUGGUUUCAGUGAACGAUAUAGAUGUGACUGGAAUGUCGCGUACCGAAGCAUGGAAUUUGAUGAAGAGGCUAGUAAACGGAACUGUUACACUCUGUAUACGACAUGUAGUCUAAAUACUAUUAUACUAGCAUAUAAUAUUUUUAUUGUAUGAACAAUCUAAAAUUAUAUAUUGUAUCUUUAAUUUAUAUCUAACUUUAAAAAAUGAUUUAUAGAGAAUUUGUUAUAUUGAUUGGCAAUAAAGUUUUUUUUACCAUCUUUGUAAAAUACAAUUUUAAUAAUUAUUUAAUAAAAAUAUAACUUAACUAUUGUAUAAAA